AUGCAGUUCCACAGCCCCCCGGCCCCCGACAGUUCACCCCACGCCCCGACCCCGUUCUACAUCGAGGACAUCCUGAGCCGGAACGGCGCGGGGUCCCGUCGGCACGCCGCCCCCUGCAACCCUUACCCGGGGCCGCUCUCUCCGCUGCCGCCGGGCUUGCGGGGGCUCUGCUUCCCCGCUCUCUCUCAGCACCUGUACCGGGCUCCGCUCCUCCCCGAACAGCUGGCCCUCUACAACCCGGCGGCGGCCGAACCUCCGCACCCCAUAUACAGACCUCUGCCCCUGGGUAAGGAGUAUUUUUGGAACCCAUUCAGCCUGCGUUCCUCCCACAAGAGGAAAGGUGGUCAGGUCCGAUUUUCAAACGAUCAAACUAUGGAGUUGGAGAAGAAGUUUCAGGUUCAGAAAUACCUCUCGCCCCCAGAGAGAAAGCGGCUGGCCAGAACCCUACAGCUCAGUGAGAGGCAGGUGAAAACAUGGUUCCAGAACAGAAGAGCCAAAUGGCGGAGACUAAAGCAGGAUCUGUCUGAUGAAGAGAAAUCCAACUGGUUCAAAGCUGAGGAAGGAGAGGUCAUUGACCCAAGCAACGAGGCAAGUGCCAAAGGAACACAGCAGCAGAUGAAAGAGGUUACCACACGCCAGGAAAACUCCAGCCAAUCUUCCUGGAGUCCCAGAGGAACAGAUUCACAAAGCACCAAUCGGGACAGCGAUGUUGAGGUGGACAUUAAUAGCGAUGAAGACGAUGAUGUCAAACAUCCAUCACGUGAAGAUGAAACAGACCCUAUGAAGUAAAUUAUGGCCCAGCCAUUUAAUGGUUUUUUUAAAUGCACUUUGUGUCUUGCCCACGUUCUUUACAAACAAUGUGAGGAAAAAAGAAACCUUGAGUGAAUUGUUCACCAUGACAGGCAAGCAAUUCAAUAGCCCUAGGGCAUUUCAAAGCUUCAAGAAAUCAAAUGCGACCAUAGUGAUAACCAACAUGGGCUUUAGAUCUGGCAUUGUCAAUGGGUUGGAGAAGAAGGGGGAAAGGGGCACUGUUAAUGGCAUUAGGAAUGUAGGUGCCAACAGCAACUAAUUUCCAUUCUUCAAAAUUAAAUAGCAACCUCUCUUCAAUGUGGAUCCAAGGAGGAGUCAAUCUGAAUUGUCUCACGAUCUGUCUCAGUGAGUACAGGCUCGGAAUGCAGGUCUGCAUCCAAUUUAGAAUCGACGAUACCAGGCAAACACAGUGCUUUAGUAGGGGAAAUUGUCCUGAUAGUGUGGCUCAGGAAGGUCCUUCGGAUAAAAAGACAAAUUACUGGAAAUACACAGCAGAUCUGGCAACCUCUGAGAAGAGCGAAACAGAGUUAAUGGUUCAGGUCUGUGAGGUUUCAUCAGAACAUGGGACAGUGUAGAGCGAGCUUUACUCUGUAUCUAACCCCGUGUUGUACCUGCCCUGGGAGUGUUUGAUGGGGACAGUGUAGAGGGAGCUUUACUCUGU